UCCGCGGCGACAUCGGGUCGCUAACGCUAGUUGGUGGUAUUAGUGCAAGCGGUAGUAGUUCAGUAGUACUACUAGUGUUGCUGGUGUUGGUGGUAGUGGUGGUGGUGGUGGUAGCGCGACGAUAUUACUGGCGGCGAUGGUCGUUGGUGGUGGUAGUGGAGUGGUGUACAGACCAGUCGGGCCUCCCUCGCACACGUAAGAGCGUGAAACGGAGUCGAGAAUAUACGAAGUGACUCAGUCCGCUGUCGACUGCGAUCGGAAUAGGACGUGUGUCGUUUUUUAUCGAGUUUAUCAUCUAGACAGACCCGCGAGAUUAGUUCGCACUGAACGUCAACUCGCCCGACGAACGAAAUUCUGGGAUUACGGACCAGCGCCUUGUUACACGUGCCGAGAUUUGUGGAUCUAUAUCAGAGGGAAAAAAGAAAAGUGUAUUUGUGCGUGGGGGUGCGUGAAUCAAGGGAGGAGUGAAUCGAGGAAGGAGUGAACCGGUGAAGUGCCGGUGGUCCAUGAGAGGAAAAUGAGCGAGCACGUGGUGGAAAGUACGUUCGAGCUUUCAGCUUUCAUGAAAGCCGGUGUCAUGGCGGAUUCUGAGAGAGACAGCAGCUCCUGCAUUCUCGAUGCUGACGAGGACAGCAGAUCGGAUCUACACUCGCCUACUGCAUCUGAAGACAGCGUUGAAGUACAGGUGACGCCAAUUUCUUUGCGAAACAAGCGGAAACUAGCAGAGCCGCGCAAAAUUCAGGAACCGGCUGUCAUCACGGCUCCAUUGAAGAAGAGACGUUUCGAUCCGAUCUCUGAGGAAACCACCGUGGAUCAGGAGGAGAGUAGAUCGAUAAGCACGGCGAGUCCCUUUAGACCAUGGGUCCCUGUCUCCUGCAAGAGCGAAUCCAAGACAACUGCAUCCUCAACGACGUCGACAAUGACCACAAUGACGUCUGGCACGACGACAACGACGACGACAUCGAUGACAUCAUCAACGAAGACGUCAUCCAGCGAGAAAGAAGGAGAGAAGAGAAAGAUAGAGCAGGACGAGACGAUGCAGAGGCUGCACGAAUCAUUUAGAAGACUGCAACAUCCUGUCAGUCCAAAUAAAUCGAUUGUUUCCUCUCGACGAGAACUUCGUCAAAGAUUAUUCGAACCAAUGGUGCCGGCAGCAACGACAACAUCUACAUCUAGCAUUAUCUCCCUACCACAUUCUAGACUGCAGGAGGAGCCCUUGUCCUUGGUGGUGAGAAACGAAACGCCUCGAGUGCCAUCACAUCCCGCCGUUAGCGGUACCUACGAGAAGACACCGUCGUACAUGAUGGAACACUUAUUAGCAACCUCACCUACUCGUAAUCAUCAGAAUCAUCGAAACCACCAGAGUCAUCAAGCGGCCUCAACAUCGUCGAAACAUCAUCAUCAGGGAGGCCAGCAGAGAAACUAUAAAAACAUGACGAGGGAGAGACGAAUAGAAGCGAACGCUCGAGAAAGAACCAGGGUGCACACUAUCAGCGCGGCCUUUGAUACCUUGAGACACGCCAUACCUGCCUAUUCACACAACCAGAAAUUGUCAAAGUUAUCGGUGCUAAGGAUCGCCUGCAGUUACAUCAUGACGCUUAGCAAGAUUCUUCAAGAAAAUAACAAUGAAGUUAUGGCUACGAGGAACAAUGGCCCGGCAGAUCUGGAUGGUUGCGUAGAAUUAGUCUCCAGAACUAUCCAAACGGAGGGCAAGCUCAGAAAGCGAAAAGACGACUGAACAAAUCCCGUUUUGAACAACAUGAGGGCAACAAAGAAUUUAUACAGACGAGAAUCUGUUAUAAAUACAGAAAUAAGGAAGAUUUCGCUUCACAUACGCUUGUCAAACGCUUCGUCUUCUAUUCUCAAUGCCAUUCGAUUUGCAGGGGAGAGGAGAGCGACUUAGACUUAAUCUAAAAUAAGCUAUGUUAGCUUAAGUGAUCAUUGAUUUUUUUUAAAGUAUGCAAGGUUGUCUUGAUUAGUUGGUAGGGUAUCGAUCAGAAAAGCGUUAAUUGACAUUACAAAUUAUGGGCGUCAUGAAAAUUUCUUAUUAAGAAGAAGACACGAAAGUGUCUGCGUUCAAAAAUGAUAAUGAGUUUUGCUUGCAUAAAACAUUAUGGAAGAACUACUCACUAUUGUUAGAGAAUUUAUGUAAUAUAUUUUUCAAAAUCGCAAUAAGCGAACUUUAGAUGAAUAUUCUCUCUCGACAGAGAAAAUUUCUGGCGCCCAUGAUUAUAAGGCCAUCUACGUACCGAUAGCAGCUGUGCAACCAGACAAUAAAUCUUUAGAAAUAUCUUCAUACUUAGACGGCGCUUGGUUUAUGGCAAACACUGCUGCAAUCGUUGCACCGCAUCAUGAAAAUUAUGAUGAAAAGAGAACAAUUUUCCAAAUCCACUUUUUUACUAGUAAAUACAAAUUUCUUAUAU